AAAACUAAUUAUACUGUUAGCAACUUUUAAUUAAAGCAAAAAACUUAUAGAAGAAUUAUAAAUUUGCUGCCUCUUGAAAAUAUUAUGAUGCUUGUAGGAUGCUCUAAAGAUGGAUAACUUAUUGCUUGGGAUAUAUCAAAUGUGUUUUAAGAUUAGUAUUUAUACAGUGUUUAACUUUCUUAAGAUCCCUGUAUUGAGCUGAUUCAAUUUAAUGUUACAAAUCCUAGCGAUAUUAUAGCUGUAUUUAACAAAACAAUAUUCCUUAUCGACGUUAUAAGCUUGAAUAUAAAAUAUUAAUGGUAGUAGUAAAAUCUUAAAAUGAAGUAUUCUGUUAAUAAUAAUAGCUUAGCUAUUUUAAUUGAUUCAAACUUUACUUAUUUUAUUUAAAAUUAUAAAAAUUAAAUAUAUCUCAACUUUAAUGGACCAAUAAAUGAUAUUUAAAACAUUACUUUCUAACAAGCAAAAUACUUAAUUGUUUAGAGAAACAAUUCAAUAGAUUUGUACUAGUUAGCAAUAAAUUAGUUAAAUAAAAUAUCAUCAUACUUACUCUCUAGUAAACUUUUAUUUUUUAAGAUAAGAGACAUAUCCUAAAAUACAUUAAAAAUACCUACCAGCUUCGAAAUUAGUUUGUUUACAGCUGAUCAAUAAUUUGUUUUAAUGGGAUAAAAUUUUGUUCCUUAUCAAACAAUCAAAGGUAUACCGCUCUCAACAAUUCAAGAUAUUUAGUUUAUUAAUAGUGAUCCUAAUGAUCCUCUAUAUUUCAUGAUUGGAAAGAACAAUAAAACUAUUUCUACUUAUCCAUUUUCUCUAUAUUCAGUGUAGAGAAAUUUUUAAUAAAUUACUCUUAUUUCUGAAUACACUUACGCAUCUUAAUUUAUACCACCAACCAAAUACUAUGAUUCAUAUAAUAAUUCAAUUUACGAUUUGAAGGUACUUUCUAAUAAAGGAUCUAUGUCUACUUUAACAACAAAUAGUUAUGAUCCUAAACGAAAUCGCAUACUUUUAGAAUAAUAGUAAAAUAUAUUGGGAAAAACAGGUAUUAAAUUUACUGUUAGUCAAAAUAUGAAGAUCCUCUAUGGAAAAAACUACUAAGGAACAAUUAAUGUAGGUAACUUUAAAAUUUAGUAAUAUAAAUUAGCUUUUAAUAUAAGCCAUACAGAAUAACUACAAGGAAUAACUAUAAUUAAUUUAUAACACAGUUAUACAAUGUCUAAAUACUUCAUUAUAACAAAUAACAUUUUUGUAUUUAACAUCCAUACAAGAGAGUACAUAGAAACAAUUUAAAUAGAUAAUACAUCAAAUCCUAUUAAAUAAUUUUAACCAACUAAAUAAUUUAAUCAAAUUGUAGCAACAAAGCAAAAUAUUUUAUUUACUAAAAAUUAUGAUACAAACAGCACAUAUCAAGUAUUAUCAACUUAACCUUUUAGUUAAUUUACAAUAUCAGAAGAUAAAUAUAACCCAUCUAUUAUUAUAGCAGCAGAUUAAAUAACAAAAUUCAACCUAAAUCUUACAGUAAAUAGAACAUUACAGUAUCCAACUAAUUCAUUUGUAAAGAAUAUAUUCUUUGCUACAUCUACUAAAGUUAUUUUUUAAUUCUAAAACUCUUAAAUAUUUGUUAUUGAUUAUUUUACAUUUACUGUGACUUAGCAAAUUUAGCCUAUACACAUAAAAAAUAACUAUUAAUUAUAAUACGAUAGCAACUUGAACUAUAUUUAUAUUUUCAGCACAUAUAAAGUAGAAAUAUUUAGUAUAUAUGGGACAUUAAUUAAUGCAAUCUUGCCGAUUGGUUAGGCUAUUAAUUAGAUUCAAAUCUGUAGCAAUUACACAUUACUGGUCACUUCUAAUAAUAUAGAUGUAUUUAGUGUAUAAGAUUUUAGCUAUUUGGAUAGCUACAAUUUUUUAGGAGGGAAUAUUUAAAAAAUAUUAUUUAUUUAGGAUUUUAAUCAUAUAGUUGUAUUUGGUGAUACAAUAAAGAAUGGAUAAAUAUUUGUGUAUAGUCUUUUAAAUCUUGAACAAAUUCAAAUUUUUACUAAUCCAUACAGUUAUAAUAAUCCUAGUUUAGUGAUUGAUAUGUUUUAUGAUAAUUAUGCUAGCAUUCUCACAUAUCUUGAUUAAAAUGGUAAUAUUUAUUCUUUGGACUAUUCUGGUGCGUAUGAAAUAGUAAACCUUAUGAUAAUUAAAGAAUUUUUAUAUGAUGGUACCAUUCCUUUAGCUAUGUAGCUAAUUAAAUAAAAAAAUGAGUUAUUUAUUUUUAAUUAAACUAGUGUGUUUUCUGUUAAUUAUGGAAGUUUUACUGAAAAAUAAAUAGUUUAUUCUAUCACACAAAAUAAUAUUUUUAUUAGAAGCUAAGUAUAACUAUAUGGUUCUCCUGAUUAAGAUAUUUUUAUAAUGCUAGGUUAAUAAAAUGUUUUGUAUUAAUAUUCAAACUUUAAAUCAUCUUUCUUUUAUUACCUUUAAGAUAAUUAACUGAUUAAAGAUAUAAGUUUACUGUCUUCUGAUUAAAUUUUAUUGAUGUUAACAACCAAUUAUUACAUUUUAUAAGUUGAUUUAAGUAUUGAUAAUCUUAUAGACUCUGUUGUUAGUUAUCAAAGUUAUAAUUUAAAUGACUUAUAGUUUAGCUAUUUUCUUUGCACAGGAGUUUUUUAUUCACUAACAUAAUAAAUUAUUUAAUAUGAUUUUUUUCAAUAAUAAAUUAUAUAAUAAAUUCCUCUUCUUUAUAACUAAAUUAUUCUCUCUAGUUAUUCAGUAUAAUCUCUAAAUUUGUUAGUUAUUGGUUUAAAUGAUGGUACUAUAAUCUUUCUAAAUACAGCAAAACAAAACUAUUAAACAAUACAACCUUUUUCAAACUAAAUCUAAAAAUUAAUACGCUAUAUAUCUGAAACAGUUAAUUAUUUAUGGAUUGCAACAACUUCUGCUUAAGUUUUGUAAAUAUAAAAAUCAAAUUUAAACUAGUAUCUUGUUUUAGAUUACAGCUCAUAUGCCUCAGUACAAGGAAAUAAAUUAACAGUUUUUUUAAUAGAUGACUUAUAUUAAAGGAUGUAUUUAAGCUUUUAGCAAGAAAAAAAAAUAGUAUGCUUUGAUAUUAAAUAAAUCACGAAUUAUUAAUACACAAUUUUGUCUUUCCCAAAUAAUUAAUUAAAUACAAUUACUCUAUCUAGCACUCAAAUUAUCUUUUACUCUACUUCAUAGUUAAAUAUUUUCAAUAGGAAAACUCUUAAGUAUAUAGGUUCUAUCAGAAGAUAGGGUAUGUAUGACUCAAUUUAAACAGUGCAAGUGUUUUAAGAUCAGUUUUAUCUUGUAUUAUCCUAGGGUAAAUUUGAAUUGAUUCAAGUUGAUUAAAAAGGUUAAAAAUAAACUUUGAUAGAUCAAGUAAUAGUUGAUUCUCUUAAUAUAAUGAUGGUGAAAUUAGAUGAAACCAAAAAUAUUUUAAGAGUUGUUGGAACUUCUUAGUAUCAAAUAAUUGAUUAAUCCUAUAAUUUAAAUAUAUAUCUUUAUAGUUAAUUGGAUCAAACAAACUAAAUUUGUGGAUUAGAUAUUAUUGGAUUAAAUUAUUUGUAAAUGACCUAAUAAGUUAAAUUAAUGAGAUCUGAUUAUACAUAAAAGCCCUCGCUUCUAGGAAUAGUUCCAAGCGUAACUUAAUUUAAACAAAGAUAAAUCAAUUAUUAUCUAAAAAAGCAAGAUUUAUCAGAUCUAAAUAUAAAUAUAACUUAGGAAAGUGAUAUCAUAAUUUCCCCCUAUAGUGAUAGUAGCGUUUUAGGUUUAAUGCAAGACUUUAUAUUACCAAAUAAAGAACUAGAAAACUAUUCUAAAAACAAUUUGUAUAUGAAAAAUUUUAAUUUUAUUAUUAAGAGCCCUAAUUCAACAAUAUCUUUUAAUCAAAACAUACAAUAAGUUUAUUUAUAGAAUGUAAAAAUUUAAAACUAAAGCUUAUUUAAUAACUAAAUCUUAUUUUAAAAUUUAUAUACUCUAGUAAUAAAGGUAUUAGAAAUACAGAACAUUACACUAAAUAUAAAAAGUUCCGAGGAACCUUUUUUCUCUUUUAUUAAUUGUAAAUAUAUAUAUAUAGAAUAGCUUUUUAUAAAAAAUAUUACAAUCAUCAGUAACACUAAUUCAUUAAUUAAAAUUAAUCAAUCUUAAUAAAUAGUAAUAAAAAAUCUAACAAUUAUCAAGAGCUAAGUAUAAUCAUCUAUAAUAAAAAUAAAUGAUGUUUUUGAAUUAACAGUAGAAACCAUAUUGAUUUAAAAUAUGAUGAUGAUCAAUCCUAUUUUACCAAGUUUAUAGAAUUUCUCUGUUAUUUUUUCAAUUUCAGCUGUUAGUGUCUAAAAAUUUAUUAACGUAAAUAUGCUUAAUAAUUAAGAUAUCACAUUUAUUGAAUCUUCAAGUGUCCUUUAAGUUGAGUAAAUAUUUAUUAGACUUUAAUAAGUUCAAUUUAGUGUUGCAAAUUCAUAAUUUACUGGAAAUAAGAUUAAUAGAGAUAAUGGUAUUUCUCUUAUAAAUGUAAAUGCAGCUAUUAUACUUUUAGAAAAUUUAAAUUUCUAUGAUAAUGAAUGCAAUAUCCUCUUGUAAUAGACUUAAAUUAUAAAUAUAGUAUCAUCAUAGUUUUUUUAAAAUAUAAAUGAAAAUGGAGGUGCUUUAUCAGUUAAUUAAAAUUCAAAGAGUAUAAGUGUAUAAAAUAGCACAUUUUAUUCAAAUGUUGCUUAUGCAAAUGGAGGGGCAAUCUUUUUAUAAGAAGUUUAUGGUGAUGUAUUUUUUGAUAAGCAAUCAUAAAUUUUUAAGAACCAAGCUUUGAUUGGAGGAGGUGUAAGAAUAUAUAAUUCGAUAUAAAAUAAUAAUCUCUUUUAAUUAUCUCAUUCAUUAAAAUUCUAAACUAAUAUUAAUAAUAAUAAUGCUAAGAUAUAUGGAUAAGAUAUAGCUACUAUCAUUUCUAAAUUUAGUAUAGUUAAAAUUAAAGAAAAUAACAAAAAAAUAGAUUUUUAAUUUCUUAGAUAAUUUGAGCUAGAUAAACAACUAUAAGAUAAAUAUUCAGGAAAACUUUUAAUUAAUAAUAUAAAUAGUGGAUCAUUUAUUUCGAUUACUAUUAACCUAGAAAACGAGUUUGGAGAAUCUAUCAGUUUUAAUUAAAAUGAAUUGAUAAAUUAAAAAUAUCCUUAAAUUAUUAUUAGUGAAUUAUAAGAAAUCUAAUUAAAGAUAGUCAACUAAGACAAUAUUAAUACUCUUAUUAGUGGAGUCACGUAAUUAGGAUAUUAAAAUUAUAAUCAAAAUAAUAAAUCCUAUACAUUUGAUAAUAUAUAAAUCGUUUCAUCUCCAAAUGGUUCAUCAAAAUUAAAUAUGUUUUAUAAUACUUUUUUAUCAUAUAAAUUCAAUCCAAUACUGAUAGAUAUAAACUACAGAAGCUGUAAAAAAGGAGAAAUAGUUCAAUAAUAAAAUUAAAACAUUUACAGAUGCUUUGAAUGCCCAAACAAUUAUUAUUCCUUAAAAGACUAAAAAAAAGAAAUAUAAGAUUAAUUAGUUGAUUAAAAGUGCAUCCCUUGCCCAGAUGAAGCUAAAUUUUGUUAAGCUGAUAUAAUUUAGCUAAAGGAAGGUUAUUGGAGAAGUGAUUUUGAAAAUGAUGAUAUAUUAUAUUGCUCAGAUAAGCCACCAAAUUGUGUACAUAAUUACUAAACUAAGUAAAGCUGUUUAGAAGGAAUGGUAGGCCCAUUAUGUGUUUCAUGUGAUUCUUUUGGUGAAGUCUGGGGAGGAGAGCAUUACACUAUUUCUUAUUUUAACAAUUAUGAAUGCGUUAAAUGCAAUAAACUAUACGUUCCAUUCAUUCUGAUUUCAAUACUUGUUUCUAUAAUUCUUCUAUAUAGUCUUUGGACUAUGAUUAUAUUUUUAAAUAGUUUUACUCAUUACUAAAUAUGCUUCUACUUAAGAAAAUUAGAUUUGCUGCCAGUAUCAAAAAGUUGUUUUAGGGAUUAAUCAAGCUUUUACUUAAAAAUUUUAAUAAACUAUUUACAACUAACAUCUUACAUAAUAGAAACACGUAAAUUAUUUCCAAAUUAAGUAAAUACUUCACUUUUUAUUUUACAGUCGCCAACUUUUUAUUUCAUAUCCAUUAUAGAUUGCCUGAUAAAUAGUUUAGUAAGAAACAGAAUUUCAAGAACUAAUUUGAUUUCUUUUCUUCUUGGAAUUUUUCCUUUUUUUUGCAUGAUAAUAGUCUCUCUUGUAGUAAAAUUGCUAUUCAAGUUAAAGCUUAUUAAUGUAUAACGCACCUAUUAAAGAACUUUAUUUAAUCUAAUGAUAGUUUUAUUCUAACCUAGUUAAAUAACCUAUUUCACAAACGCAGUUGGUUGUAUUGAAUUAGGAAAAUAUUAAUAUUCUAAAAUUGAUUACCUUAUUUAAUGCAAUAACCCAACAUACAUGUAAUUUGCUAUACCAUAUUCUAUAUCCAUAUUAUCUUUUUGGAUAUGCAUACCUCUCAUUAUUUUGUAUUAACUUAGAUUAAAAAGAAAUAUUUUAGAUUAUUGCAAAACAAAAUUUUAGUAUGGAUAUUUUUAUUCAGAAUAUAAUAAAAAAUUCUACUAUUGGGAGUUCAUCAGAAUGUAUAUCAGAAUAGCUAUUGUAUUUAUAUUUACACUAAUUGAUUUUGUUUCAUUUUACAGUUUACUAGUAGUAGUUGUCCUAUUAAUUUAUAUUAAAAUGGCUUUGAAAUUUAAUCCUAUUGUGAAUAAAGAUCUAUAAAAAACAGAAAUAGUCUCUAUUUUAGUUAUAAUAGUCCUAAUUAUUACGACAAAAUUAAAUAUGUAAUACAAUAUUUUUGCAUUAAGUAUUUUAACAUAUUUAAUCUUUUGCUCAUUUGUCUUCUCUUGCUUAUAUAUGAUAUUUGAUGAAAAGUUACAUUCAGAGUUUAACAUUUUUGGAAGAGUUCUGAAAUGGAUCAUUGAAAGAAUAUGUUCUAAAUCAUUCUACUUAAAAUUCAUUAAAAAAAAGAGAGUACAAUUCUCUACUUAUUAAAGAUGGAAAAUACUCAAAAAAAAAAUAAAGAUUCAUUUAAUCUUGAAAAAAUCUUAUAAAAAAUAAAACAAUAAGCUUUUAAAAGUAAAACCUAUAAUAAUUGCUUAAAAUACCAAUAAAGAAAUAGAAAAUGAUUUUUAUAAUGAAUCUCCUGAUAGUUUAAUAAGUUAGAAUAAAUUUGGAGUAAAGUAAUUAAAUACACAAUUGUGCAAGAAACUUUAGCCAAAGACCUUAAUUUUUAAAGACUCAUUACCUCCGAUAGUAGAAACUAUUGAUUCUACAGAAGGAGAUACUAAAACAAAUAACUGUUAAAUUCCUUAUGUGGCAUCAACUAUUAUUUUCUCAGAUAAAAGGAACCACAAGGAGAGCAAAUCAAUAUUUAGUGAAAAUAACUCAGUUGAAAACUUUAAUUUUGAAAAAAGAUGACACACUUUUUAUAGUUGUGAAAUAAAUUUAUUUAAAAAAAUAUCAAAAAUUUAAAAAAUUAUUAGCUUAAAUAAUUUGAAAUUUAAAAUUGUUUUCUAAGCUUUACUUAUAUAUUUUUAGUAUUAUUUAAUAUGUAAUUCUUAUAUUUUAUCAAUCAAAAAAUCAAUAAAACUGCAA